AUGGACAAUGACGAAAUCUACAAAAGCAUAAACAAGAUGAGCACGAAAUUGGCCAAGAUAGAAAAUGAGAUUAAGCUUAAAACCUUAAAGUUGAGCAAGAUUAAUCGUGAAAACAUGGACAAGGUGAAUGGGAUAAAGAGCAAACUUGACGAUGAGAUUAGUACCAAGGAUCUUCAGAUUCGCACCCUAAUCAAACAGCUUGACGAGUUGCAUACUGCACUUGCGAUAUCGCACCAAAGGGAACUAGAAAUGGCGAGUAAGAUUCCAGGCAGUGAGACAAGGGCUCACUUGAGCAGGCUGUCUAGCACAUCUAACUAUGGCUCUCUUGUUGUAAGGAGAGGGGUAGGAGAUUAUCUUACAGAGUUUGGCAAAACAGCUCAUAUCCCUUCAAAUUCGAUGGAAUCCCUCAAUUCUGAAAGUUGCACAGUCAAGAGCGAUAAGUCCAAAAGUCAGCACGGAACGGACAAGGAGUACCCAUGUAGACGGGGAAUGUGCACUGAAGAAUACAGGGAUGAGAGAGCAGACAGCGAGUACAUGAGCAGCAAGAAUAGCACGAUUGGGAGACUCGGAGCCGGAAGGACCAGGCUUGCUGAAGAUAUGGGUCUUUCACAAUACAGUGGCUCAGUCAGAGUCAUUAGGAACUACCCAAUCAAGCCAAAGAACUCAAUUGAGACCAAAGCAUGGCCCAAAUUCUUGCCCCGUGCAAGUACAUCGCUAGAGGUUAACGCCAGACAAGUCGCCAGAACGCAGGCUCAGGUUUGUUUUCUCCCGUUAUCCACGACCCCUCAGGCCGACCUACCGCAACAACGAUGCCCAAACUCGAGGAACAUGCGCAUUCCUUCUGGAGUUCCGCAGCUAGUGACGCCCACUGUUGACAGCUUUGGCAACGUCUCAAACGCCAACGCCGGAAGGGUGGCACCUGAGGUCCCCCGGAACCACGAGGCGGAAAAGAGGAUAAGCGGUCUUGAGCGCGAGCUCAUAGAGACCAAAAUCGCACUGGCGACCAGCGAGACGAUGAAGGAUUUGGAAAUUUCAAACCUUGUGAGAGCCAAGGACCAAUAA